AGCUCUGGCCGUGUAGGCGGCUCCGUUCUCCAGGCGCCGCUCAAGCACCACUCGGCGGCCGAGGCCGAAUUUACGGUUCUUGUGCGCUCCGAGGAGAAGGAGAGGAAGCUGGAAGAGCUUGCGGACGCGGAUAAUCUCCCUGCGAUUAAGGCUGUACUCGCAGGCAUGAAGAGGCGGUACGGGCAGACCGGGAAAGCUCCAAUUCUGGUACACACGUCCGGAACGGCCGUAUUAAUGGAUAAUGCAGAGGGGAAGUACGAAGGCACAAAGUACUAUGAUGAUACUGUCCCCGAGCAGUUUGACACACUCGCCGAGACUCAGAUCCACAGGAACGUUGAUUUACUAGUUGUCGAAGCCGAUAAGGAGGGAUACAUAAAGAGUCACAUCGUCCUUCCGAGCGGAAUUUACGGGAUCGCAUCUGGUCCGCUGUUUGACGCUGGGAUUGGCAACCGCCACACCAUCGCGAUUCCCCUCCUCAUCAAGAUUGGCGUGGGUCGAGGGGCAGCCGGCGUGAUCAACGAGGGAUUGAACAAGUGCCCGUGUGUGCACAUAGAUGAUAUCGCGGACCUGUAUGUCACCGUGUACGACGGCGCGCUCUCAGGACGGGCAGGCCAUGGUCGUGAAGGGUACUAUUUUGGAGAAAACGGGCACUAUAGCUGUUAUGACCUCUCCAAAGCCGUCGCGGAGGUUCUAGUGGCGCUCGGCAAAAGCAAGAACGCAGAGCCAUCCCCGUUCACUAAAGAGGAGUGCGAGCAGAUGCCUCUGCUUCUUCUUCUGGGGGCGAACUCACUGUGUCACGCGAACAGGGCGCGCGCAUUGGGCUGGAAUCCGAAGUAUACAGUCGAGGACUUGUUCAAGAGCGUCAAGCCCGAAGCGGAGGCAAUCCUGGCUUGA